AUGAUCUACUCCUCUUUGUUAGCUAUCGUUGCGUUGUGGGCACGGUCGCUCACCGCCAAGCUAUCCGGAAAUAAUGCAAUCGACUUAGUUAGCCCGCUCGGAAACUUCGCCCCAAUGAAUAUUCACCGCGAGUUUGACUUCGAAGAGGGCACGAUUUCCGGCAACGUUGAAAUUAUCGUCAAUAACCUGGACAGAUACAUCAAUGCUACAGACUGGCACGCCAGACCGUCGCUGGACCUUGACUGGUUGAGCAGCGCCUUGCCCCCGGCUGACGGCAAUACGCCUAUAGCUGGUCCCGCUAGUUUUGAAGUCGGCUAUGCCCCAGUCGUACGCUCGAUCAGACAGCUACUUGCUAGGUCACGGGCUAAUUGGCUUAUUGACACUCAAGCUUGGGUAGCUUUAGUUGUCCCCACUAGGACGGGAUUUCUCAUUGCAGCUUACUCUGUGGUCCCAGGGGUUAGAGCGCCUCGCUACGACGCGUUCGAACCUCGUUACCCUCCCGGUUCAGCUAUUCAAGUCCCACUUGGUAGGGUGGCAGCCUCCGCCGCAGUGGGAAUGUACGGCAACUUCCAUCAGUUCAGUACAACUAUCCGCCGCGAUCAUAUCUCUAGAAACUUGAGAUCGUCUAACCUGCUAUGGCACGUGUUGAUCCAUGUCACGCUUGAGGAGGCGGGAGGUUACUUCCGGGCGGGUGAGGUCUAUAAUUUGCUACGGGCAGCUCGAGCUGACCGUGAGCGGUGCCGACGGUUGAUAUCUGGGAUGAUACCGAACCCCACUACAACUGCAACGGCUACCCCCUUUCCGUUUCACGAUGAGACGCGGUUUAAGAGGAGUGUCCCAAGCUCCUUCAAUCGUGGGGGUUGGGUCAGGACCACGUUCGGAGAGGUGGAAUGUUCACGAAAGUCUAUCUGCUACAAGGAAUGGGACUCCGUGUUCAGAAGCGGCCCUUGCGCACAUGACGACGUAGCGGCACAACUCUUCCCUUACUCAGGAUGUGACGGAACGGCCUGCCAGGCUAUCACGGGUUGCCUGCCAAAAUCUGUCGUUCACCGUUGGUGGGAGUGCUAG